AUGGAUAUACCUACCACGGUUACCGAGGCCUUCGCUGACUUCGCUUCCAACUCUUCGUUGUUCGCGCUUCCGCUGAGCGUCACAGACAGGACUAUGCGACAUUUAUCGCCAGUCCCGUACCCCAAGCAUUCGCAGCAUACCUUUCAACAGGCAUUGAAUCAACUCGAAUCGGUUCUCAAUCCAAGAACAGCUCUGUACCUUGUCUUGCGGCACAAAGAGUCAUUGAUUGCAAUCACCUAUGUUCCAUAUGCUGCUAACGCUGACCUCAGAGCGUCGCUGUUGGACAAUCGUGAGGCUCUCGUCAAGGUCUUGGGCCAGGAGCACUUCUCUUCGUCUAUCAUAUGUAAAGAAAUCGGCGAGAUCACAGACGUACGAUCGUGGGAGGAGAGGAGCGGAAACGGGCAAUCGUGGGUCGACGGCAACGAUGAACGCACAGGCGCGUGCGAGACGACUCAAGAUGGUGUACCGGACCUCGGACACAAAAUGAACAAGUGCCGGCUGUGUGACCGACGCAUGAAAAACAAGAUCGACAAUGACGCUCUCGACGCACUCCAAAGUCUCGCUGCGGGCGGAGACUGCGUUCAGCUCGCAAAACGUAUGAAACAUACGAUGGCUAUCCCUGGGCUUAUCAACAUCAUUGCGAAGGAUAACGGUGUCAAUGUCGACCAGAAGCUGGAGAUCCACGAUCCGGAUGAGCUUGCCUUUGAUCAGAAGGAUGAGCGCAUUGGCAAAUUUCGAUCGAUGUACUUGAGGAACUACUUUACGGGGACGGAGUCGCAGUGGGAGGGCAGGGAGGAGCAGCAAAAGAUCCUAGAUGCGACUCGUUGA